AAUCGAUUCCUCCUCCAGUGGACCGAGCCAGACAGCACCCAAUUGAAGAGUGCCUCUCCUGGGUUUGAGCGCUGCUCAGAGCCAUUGAUUCCACGAGGGAACCACAGACACUGGCAGGAGGACUGGAGAAGGUGGAGGAAAGGGGAGGAGGGACACCGGUUAACAGAUUAAAGCCCUCUCUGUUUCUCUCUCUCUUUCAUUCCCUCUGAGUGAGGAGAGACAACUAUAGGCACUGCAUGCUGUAAUCACAUUGCUUCUGUGUAAUCUGCUCCUCUCAAUUACUUGUCCUUCCUCCUCGUUUUUUACACUGCUGCGGUCUGGAGGACAGGCAGAGCACAAUUUAAAAGGACUUGUGGGUCUCUUGUGCUGCCUCCUCUUUCUCCCUCUCUCCUUCUUUCUCUCGCUUUUUUUUUUUAAAUGUAAGUGGAAGGUGGGAUUGGGGGGAGUGCAUUAGGGAGUGGGAUAAACCGUUGCGGCCAGCUGGAGAGAUGGGCAAAUCCAACAGCAAACUAAAGCCUGAGGUAGUGGAAGAGCUGUGCAGAAAGACCUACUUUACAGAGAAGGAAGUUCAGCAGUGGUAUAAGGGUUUUAUCAAAGACUGCCCCAGUGGUCAGUUGGACGCAGCUGGCUUUCAGAAGAUCUACAAGCAGUUCUUCCCCUUCGGUGAUCCCACCAAAUUUGCCACUUUUGUCUUCAACGUCUUUGACGAAAACAAGGAUGGACGCAUUGAGUUCUCAGAGUUUAUUCAAGCUCUGUCUGUCACAUCCAGAGGGACACUGGAUGAAAAACUCAGAUGGGCCUUUAAACUUUACGAUCUUGAUAAUGAUGGCUUCAUAACCCGAGAUGAGAUGCUGAACAUUGUGGACGGCAUCUACCAGAUGGUGGGGAACACAGUGGAGUUACCUGAGGAGGAAAACACACCAGAGAAGCGAGUCGACCGCAUCUUUGCUAUGAUGGAUAAGAAUGCAGAUGGGAUGUUGACUCUGCAGGAGUUUCAGGAGGGCUCCAAGGCAGACCCCUCUAUUGUUCAGGCACUCUCCCUUUAUGACGGCCUGGUGUAAGCCCAUCUCAAAGUGGCAUUCAGUAAUCAAUAUAGCCCAUUUAUGUCAUCCUGCUGGCACUGUGAGAGGAAAGCUGACUUGUCACCAAUCUCUUGGACCUGCCAACAUGAAGGUUUAUUGUGGGUGCUGCUCUCAAGAGGGGAUCAGCUGUCAAUCACUCAUCUCCACUGUCACUGGAAAACCAAAAUCCGCUCAAGACAACGUAAAUCCUUGCAGAACUCAUUUGGGAUGAGUGAUGUACAGUAAAGGAACCUUUUUGUAAAGAAGAAGAGACACUCAUAUAGACAGUGACUGAGGGCAUCCACAUCAGUGUUAUUAAAUGUAUAACUCAAAUAUUCUAAACACCAAUGAAUGAGUUCCUUAUAGCUGUGGGCAUUGUCAUAGGAUGGACCUAGCUGGAUUUUGGUCUAUCCAUCAUUACACGAUGAACGAAGAUGCAGUUGCACCGUUCCACAGAGCUUCAGCAAGCACUGGCAUUGAACAACAUGCAUUUAGUUGUAUUUAUUUAUAUAACCUUUCUAUGUAAAUUAGCAAUCUUCAACAAUAAACAAAAACCUAUAAAUCUCCUUAUAAAUCUCAUGCUUAUUCUUGAGACUUGACAGUUAACUUCUGACAGCCAUGAUGUAUUAUACUUAGACUGUAACUACUCACAUGCCACUGCUUUGCUUGACCCAU